CACCGCGAGGUAGUUCGGACCCAGGCCUUCUCCACAGGGAGGUACAGCGCGCCUGCGCGCGGGCCUUGCUGGGUUCCCUGCCUGCCUGCAGACUGCUGUCCUCAGUGUGCUGCCUCUGUAUGGUCUCCAGCGAGCCGCUGCUGCUGCCUGUGUCACUGGAGGGCGAGUUCUCCAAUAGCAUGAAGGAGAUGAUCGGCGGCUGCUGCGUGUGCUCCGACGAGAGGGGCUGGGCCGAGAACCCGCUGGUAUACUGCGACGGGCACGGCUGCAGUGUCGCAGUGCAUCAAGCUUGCUAUGGAAUUGUUCAAGUACCUACCGGACCUUGGUUUUGCAGGAAGUGUGAAUCUCAGGAAAGAGCAGCCAGAGUGAGAUGUGAAUUAUGCCCUCAUAAGGAUGGUGCUUUAAAGAGAACAGAUAAUGGGGGUUGGGCUCAUGUGGUUUGUGCCCUGUACAUUCCCGAGGUGCAGUUUGCAAAUGUUUCUACAAUGGAACCUAUCGUGUUGCAGUCUGUUCCUCAUGAUCGUUAUAAUAAGACGUGCUAUAUUUGUGAUGAACAAGGCAGAGAAAGCAAAGCAGCAACUGGUGCUUGCAUGACAUGUAACAAACAUGGAUGUCGACAAGCUUUCCAUGUAACAUGUGCACAGUUUGCAGGACUUCUUUGUGAAGAAGAGGGUAAUGGUGCAGAUAAUGUCCAAUACUGUGGCUACUGUAAAUACCAUUUUAGUAAGCUGAAAAAGAGCAAACGGGGAUCUAAUAGGUCAUAUGAUCAAAGUUUAAGUGAUUCUUCCUCUCACUCUCAAGAUAAACAUCAUGAGAAGGAGAAAAAAAAAUAUAAAGAAAAAGACAAACACAAACAAAAAUACAAGAAGCAGUCUGAGUCUUCACCAUCUUUGGUUCCGUCUCUUACUGUAACUACAGAGAAAACUUACACAAGCACUAGCAACAAUGCUAUGCCAGGCUCCUUGAAGCGGUUGGAAGAUACCACAGCUCGAUUUACAAAUGCAAAUUUCCAGGAAGUCUGUGCACAUACUUCAAGUGGAAAAGAUGCUUCAGAGGCUAGAGGGUCAGAGAGCAAAGGGAAGAAAUCUGCAGGUCACAGCUCAGGUCAGAGGGGAAGAAAGCCUGGUAGUGGAAGGAAUCCAGGAACAACCGUGUCAGCUGCUAGUCCUUUUCAGCCAGGCAAUUUUUUGGGGACUCCUGGCAGUGUAAAAUCAUCUUCUGGAAGUUCAGUUCAAUCUCCCCAGGAUUUUUUGAGUUUUACAGAAUCAGAUCUGCGUAAUGACAGUUACACUCAUUCCCAACAGACUUUGUCAACCAAAGAUGUACAUAAAGGAGAGAUGGGAAACCAAGAAGGGAGUGUGAAUUGUUUUAGUUCCUUAAUUGUUCUCCCUUCAACCUCAGCUGUUGUUUCCCAGUCUAAAAACUUUGACAGCUCACCUGGAGACUUAGGUAAUACAAGCCUUACUUCAACGGGAUACAAGCGAGUCCAAACUUCUGGGAUAGAAGAAGAGACUGUAACAGAAAAGAAACGGAAAGGAAAUAAACAAAAUAAACAUGGGCCUGGUAGGCCCAAAGGAAAUAAAAGUCAGGAGAGUAUUUCCCACCUAUCAGUUUCUUCUGCUUCUCCAACGUCAUCUGUGGCAUCUGCUGCAGGAAGUGCAACAAGCUCUAGUCUUCAAAAGUCCCCAACGUUGCUCAGGAAUGGAAGUUUACAAAGUCUUAGUGUUGGAUCAUCUCCAGUUGGUUCAGGUAUUUAUAGCAGCAAUGAUGUAGCAGUAUCAUUUCCUAAUGCAGUAUCUGGCUCAGGAUCUAGCACUCCCGUUUCCAGUUCUCAUUUACCUCAGCAGGCUUCUGGUCACUUGCAGCAAGUGGGGUCUUUGUCACCUUCAGCUACACCUUCUGUAACUACUGUUGUUGCUACAACUCAGGCAAACACCCUACCUGGAUCUUCCCUCAGUUUGCCUCCAUCCCACAUGUAUGGCAAUAGGCUGAAUCCUAAUUCAGCAAUGGCAGCACUUAUAGCUCAGUCUGAAAACAGUCAAGCAGGUCAAGAUCUUGGAGAUAAUACUCGCAGCCUUGUUGGCAGGGGAGGUUCACCCAGAGGAAGUCUCUCACCACGAUCUCCUGUAAGCAGCUUACAGAUUCGCUAUGAUCAGUCAGUGAACAGCAGUGUGGAAAAUUUGCCCCCAGUAGCUGCCAGCAUUGAACAGCUUUUGGAGAGGCAGUGGAGUGAAGGACAGCAAUUUUUGCUAGAACAGGGCACCCCUAGUGACAUUCUGGGAAUGCUGAAGUCAUUACACCAACUUCAAGUUGAAAAUCGACGGUUAGAGGAACAGAUUAAGAACCUGACUGCUAAAAAGGAGCGCCUCCAGCUAUUAAAUGCACAGCUUUCAGUUCCCUUUCCAACAAUAACUUCAAACCCUAGCCCAUCUCAUCAAGUACAUGCAUUUCCAGCACAAGCUGCACAUAGCACUGAUUCCUUGAACAGCAGUAAAAGCCCUCAUCUGGGAAACAGUUUUUUACCUGACAAUUCUCUCCCUGUAUUAAACCAGGAGAUAACCUCCAGUGGACAAAGUACCAGCAGUUCAUCAGUUCUUUCCACUCCACCACCUGCUGGGCAGAGUCCCGCUCAGCCAGGCUCAGGAGUUCAACAGGUCAAUGGUGUGACAGUGGGGGCACUAGCUAGUGGUAUGCAGACUGUAACAUCCACCAUUCCUGCAGUGCCUGGUGUGGGUGGAAUAAUUGGAGCAUUGCCAGGUAACCAGCUGGCAAUCAAUGGAAUUGUAGGGGCUUUAAAUGGGGUGAUUCAGACCCCUGCCACAAUAUCCCAGAAUCCUUCUCUCACUCAUGCAGCUGUGCCACCUAAUGUAACACAUCCUCUGCCAACAACACUAAAUAACAGUGCCUCGGGACUAGGAUUACUUCCUGACCAACAGAGACAACUUCUGCUCCAUCAACAGCACCAGCAAUUUCAGCAAUUACUGAGUACUCAACAACUCACAUCAGAACAACAUCAGGCCCUUCUGUAUCAGCUAGUGCAGCAACAGCACCAUCAACACCAGCACCACCAGCCUGAAGUGCAGCAAUUGCAGAUCCCAGGAGCAGCACAGAUACCCAUAAAUAACCUGCUUUCAGGCACUCAAGCAUCACCCCUUCAUACAACUACUGCCAACCCAUUUCUUACAAUUCAUGGGGAUAAUGCAAGUCAAAAAGUGACAAGGCUUAAUGAUAAAACUGGAUCGGUUGCACCUGAAAAAAGUUGA